AAUGCCUUCGGGUUUUCUGGCAGGUUCUCCACCAGUUGCCGCUCAAAAUUCCUGCGGAGACGUCUAACCAGUCCCUUCAACUGGUUCCUGGUUCGAGAGAAUCGGCAGUAGUCCAGGGUAUCUUGGGUUAGUAGGUAUCUCUUCCACAUUCUCUUCUUACGGUUCUGCAGCGUCAGGGCCUCGCGCGUCAUGUACAGGUUUCGCUUCCUGCCACCUGGGUGCUGCCUAGGGAUGCCGCGCUCGCAGAUGCCGUCCAGGACUUCUUGAAACGCUCGGUAGUGUUGGUCAACGGUGCAGCCAUCAGAGACAGGCCAGGUCGCCUCUCGCGCCAUUUGGACCAUCGCCCCAUAGUCGCCGCGGUGGAGUGCCGGUUUCAGUGUUGUCACUUGCUCGACUUCAGCGUAACACCGCAGGGUGAACGUCAGGACGACGUGGUCGCUACUGCCGAGUGGCGGAUGGCUGCGGAGGUCGAGGACCAUGCCUUCCUCGUUGGUCAGCACGAGGUCCAGGACGUGCGGCGUCUGUCCGGGGCGGUAUCUCGUUGGGGACAGCACGUGUUGAGUGAGGUAGUGGUCCCUAAAGAGUUCUAGAUAACGAUAAAGGUUGACAAGGACAUUGUGCUAGGUACUGCUAGACCAGCUCAAGCUACUGAGACGCUAGUGUGCCAAAAACCGUCCACAGGUGAAGGCUUGACCAGCAGCCAUGAGCAGCGGUUUUGUGAGCGAGGCUGAGCUGCAGAAGCAGAGAGAGGCAAGACAAAAGGAGUGGGAGAAAGUACGCACGGAGGACCAGCCGAUCGAGGCUCCUGAACCAGAGUAUGAUCAUAGGACAUUGUAUGACCGUCUUCAGGAGCAGAAAGAUAAAAAGCAGGAGGAGUGGGAGGAGUCGAGGAAGUUCAAAAACCAAAUAAAGAAUCUCGAUGAAGAUGAGUGCAGCUUUCUUGAUCUUGUCGACAAGACAAAAAUCGAGCAGCAGUCGAAGAUAAACCGAGAGGAAAACAAGGAGCUGGAGGAGUUUAGGAAGGCGCAGGCGUCGGCAGAGGAGGCGGCCACAGAACAGCGGCUGAAGGCGGAGGUGCAGCGGCCCUCGGCGCCGCCCGCCGCACGGGCCGCCGCAGCCGGCUCCAAACGCACGCAGAGCCAGCUCAUGGCCGGAGUGGUGAAGAAGAAGGCGCGUACCAACUCUGCCGGGGACGCCGCCGAGAAACCCGCACCGGCUGCUGCGUCGGAUGCGGCGGAGGGCAAAGGCGAUUCCGAGCCGCCCGUGGGAGCUGAUGAGACGACCCCGGUACCCGUGCCGGUGGAGGACGGGGCCGUAGAGUAUCCGUCGGCGCUAGAAUGUAUCGGCGUGCUCCCCGGAGUCGGCGCCUACUCUGACUCCAGCGACUCCGACUCGGAUGCCUCGAGCGACAUCUCGUGGCCGAAACCGAAGAAAAUGGUUGUCAGUUCUGCGAGUACCGCCGAAUCACACAAGGGGCACACCAACUGCACGUCAAAUUCCAAAGGCUGAGGAGACGACCCAAAUAUGGUCCCCCCAGUUCGAUCGCAGUUUUCUUGCAGGGCGGCAUACGGGAAUAAGGAGCACUCUGACGGUUGUGUACGGGAAGCACUUGUUUGUAGCGACUACGUGGCGCGUGCGCAUUUCCCUCUUUUACCACAUCCCUCGUUGGAUGUCUUGGUUUGAGGUACUCGUAGGUACCACUGUCAAGUGAAGAAGUAGCCCGUGUCGACGGGGUAAAAAGUGGCAACGGUGUGUCUUAUUCCAUUAAGUCUGCAGUUCGGUUGUGGAUGAAAUGAAAGCGCGGACGCAUCAGGUCCCGAUUAGCCAGCUUGCUCGAUAGAUAGCUUUUGAGGCAAUUUGUGUGCGACUUUGUUGUGUGCGUGUUUGUCGUGUGUUUGCGUAGUUUGUAUGCUCUCUUUCGGUGAGUGUGUGGACAGUGGCAGAUAAGCUGAGUCCUAGUUGUCUUUGCUGUUGGAUGCUGACGUUUUCUUUGUGAACUCUGUGCGAUGCUGUUCUGACCCUUGACCGGGCUGUGCACGUUGCGCUGCCGCUCUCGCGCUUCGGUCAGUGCGUAAGCGGGGCCGUCAUCGGUCCUGCCUUGAAGUGUGUUAGCAACGCUUCGAUAUGGUUGCCAUGAUUAUGAACGAUUCAGUUCUCUGUUUUGGAAUGACACAGGCACAUACAUGGAAUGAGCGUGGGAAAA